UAACAUAACGAGCCUAAACGAACAAGCGGAUUGUAUUUGUUGAUUUGAUCGCAAAGCAGCACAAAAUAUCUUAGAGCAUAAUCGAUCACAUUGUUGUUGUGGCAGAGGAUUUCAAAAUAGUUGCCAGCAUUUAAAUAUCUUUACUUGGUUUAAGAAAUAAUAAGUGAAGUGCCGAAAAUGGAGUGGUCUUUAAUUUGGAUAGCUUCAAUUGUCAUAAAAGCUUUGAAAUUGAUUCUGAAUUUGGCUAUCCUCAUAAUUUAUCGAGUCGGUGCUGGUGGCUACUUUCUUGGAGUUGGCGGCACAUGGAACCUUUGGGAGGAGAAAAGUGCCGGUUGUGAAAUAUUCGCUUCUGGUGUUUUCAUUGGCUUCAUUGUGUACACCGGCGUGCAUACCAUUGCCUACUUCUUUGGUCCCAACAAAUACAAACACGAACUCACCGACACAAUGAUGAACGUUGUUGGCACCUUCUUGUGGGUUCUAGUCGGUGGUAUUGCGCUUCACUAUUGGGUAGGCUACAUGGACACGAGGGACUACUCAUAUUUGGGAGUACAGCAUGUGCCAGUGACCGCGAGCAGUGACAAGUUGAUUGGCAUUAUUAUGGGCUCACUGUGUAUUCUCGAGGGAGCUUUGUAUUUGGUAGAUACGGUAAUGAGUUGCCUGCAUUAUUCGAAGGGUGAUACCGAGUAUACUGGAGUGGCGCGCUAGAGCAAUAAGCUAUAUCGCAAGUGCUUAUGAGUGCGAGCUUAUACACAUAAUCACAUUACAUAUAUAUACACACAAAAACGCGGUCUCGGCUACUUUUAUACAAUAAAAAUGACAAACACAAACACAAAUGCCAUUACAGCUUGGAAUACCUUUUAACUACACUAGCAUUUACGCACACAUCUUCGAAUAGGAAUACUGAUUUAUCAAAAAUAUUUGUAUAUUACUACAUAUAAAAUAUAAAAUAAAAUAUAUGUAUGUGCACGCAUAUUUAUUUUUCAUUAAUGUUAAACAUUUCCUUAGCAUACAAAAAUUGUAUCAAGUCAA